GAAAUGCCGUCACAGCAAAAUGUUGGAUAGUGAAUCCUUGCCUCAGGAGCCAUGGCUGCCACCCAUUUCACCUCUGCAUCAUCACUUACAGCUUCGACCCAAAUUCUCAAGAACCCUUCUCUUCCUGCAUGUGGGUUGUCUUCCUCCUCAUUCCUGUCAACCUUUCAUUCAUCUAAAGGAGCUUCCAUUCGCUUGGGAUUGAACACAAGAAAGAAAAUACGCCUAAGUGUAAGAGCAGAAGAAGAUACACUCCAAGAACCGACACUGAACAAGGGGAUGUCGAGGCAAAUGGGUGGCCAAUGGCUGAGCUCUGUUACACGUCAUGUGAGGAUCUAUGCAGCCUACAUUGACCCUGUCACUGAAGCCUUUGAUCAGACUCAGACAGACAAACUGACCUUGAUUUUGGAUCCCACCAAUGAGUUCGUAUGGCCUGAGGAUAAAUGCCAGAAGGUUUAUGAUUACUUCUCAGAGCUGGUCGAUCACUAUGAGGGAGCACCACUGACAGAAUAUACACUUCGUCUGAUAGGUUCAGAUGUGGAGCACUAUAUAAGGAAACUGCUUUUAGAUGGAGAGAUCAAAUAUAAUUUAAAUGCUCGGGUUCUAAACUUUAGCAUGGGGAAGCCUCGUAUUAACAUGGAUGAAAUGGACGUUUCCAUGACAGAAGAUGCAAAUUAGCAUUGUGGACUGAAGUACUCCUGUUAUUUUGUUGUAUGAUGUGUAUAAUGUACGGUGCUAUAUGAAAUUGUGAUUACCUAAUCUCGAAAGCAACACAAAAGUUUCUUCAGAAUAGGAGCUUA